AAUUAAACCUUACAAAACUCGUUUUUGAUCAUAAUAUCAAAAAAAACAAAAAAAAAAAACUUAUAAGGAUUGAAGUUGAACUAUUAUAUAUAUCUCUUCUUCCUUUCAUUCGAUAGUCCUAGUGGUCAAAGGAGAGAGAAAGUAAGGUAGCAGAUUUUAUUGAAAAUGGAGAGGUAUGAGAAUAUGAAGAAUAUUGGGUCUGGAAAUUUUGGGGUUGCCAAGCUUGUCAAAGACAAAUGGACUGGAGAACUCUUUGCUAUCAAAUAUAUUGAAAGAGGACAAAAGAUUGAUGAGCAUGUCCAAAGGGAGAUCAUGAAUCAUAGAUCGUUGAAACAUCCUAAUAUUAUUAGAUUCAAAGAGGUCUUUCUCACUCCUACUCAUUUGGCUAUAGUAAUGGAAUAUGCUGCUGGAGGAGAGCUUUUUGAAAGAAUUUGUACUGCUGGAAGAUUUAGUGAAGAUGAGGCAAGGUAUUAUUUCCAACAACUAAUUUCAGGAGUCAGUUACUGCCAUUCCAUGCAAAUUUGUCAUAGGGAUCUUAAGCUGGAAAACACACUCUUAGAUGGUACUCCAGACCCGCGUCUCAAAAUAUGUGACUUUGGCUACUCUAAAUCAGCCGUGCUACAUUCUCAACCGAAAUCGACUGUCGGAACACCGGCUUACAUUGCACCAGAGGUUCUUUCAAGAAAAGAAUAUGAUGGAAAGAUUGCAGAUGUUUGGUCUUGUGGAGUCACCCUUUAUGUAAUGUUGGUUGGAGCUUAUCCCUUUGAAGAUCCAGAGGAUCCCAGAAAUUUCAAAACCACUAUCUCGAGGAUACUUAGCGUACAGUAUUCAAUUCCGGAUUAUGUCCGUGUCUCCAAGGACUGUAAUCACCUCCUCUCUCGAAUAUUCGUAGCCAACCCCGAAAAGAGGAUAAGCAUUGAAGAGAUAAAGAAACACCCAUGGUUUCUAAAGAGUUUGCCAGACAAAUACAAGGAAGGUGGGCUAGAAGAGACCCUACAUACAAAAGAAAUAAAAGAGGUAUCAAGUCAAGGUGAAGAAGAAAUAUUAGGCAUAAUUGAAGAAGCAAGGAAAGCCGGAGUAGUACAAGGUUCUAUGCUAUUGGGUGGAGAUGGUCUGCUCUUAGGCGGCAGCUUGGAUUUCGACGAUAGUGAGCUUGAUGCUGACCUUGAUGAUUUAGAAAUGAGCGGUGAUGAUUUUGUAUGUGCUCUAUGAUAUAUGAUAACAACAACACAUCAACAACUAUAUACUAAUACUACUACUAUGUGUGUUUGCUAAUCAUGCAUGUUAUUGUUGAUUAAUACUUUCCAUCAACUUGUUGGAAUAGAAAACAAGUUAAGUGCUAGCAGUUGAAAAGGGCUUUAAUUUUUUUGUGAUUUAGUUACCAAGUGUGAAGUGUGUGUAGUAAUUUGGUAUUACCGUAUUAUACUACUACAACUACAUGAUAAUAUAUGGGCACACUAGCUAGCUAGCUUUAACUUGA